AUGGUGACCGGCCACAUGGGACUCGUCGCCAGAGAGGUCCCCUCUGCACUCAUCGCCGAGUUGAUAGAGACCUUUACCAACAUGAAUGCAUCUCGAUUUACCUGCGGAGCGGGCUUGGUCGUCAUGCUCUAUGACUGGUGCUUGACCAUUGGGACUGAAGUCGAGGUCAUUUGGAUGCAGAAGAUGUCGCUCUCCUCCAUUUUGUAUCUCGUAAAUCGAUACUUGCCGGUACCUUUCCUGCUCAUGUUCAACUAUCGUAAGGUCUUGUGGUCGUUGGCAAGAACACUCGUUAAUCUUUUUCAUUCAGAUAUUGCUGGCCUACGAAAUGCCGUUUCAGAUGAAAACCCUAUAUCAGGAUGGAUAUGUUUACUUCGUUGUGAUUCUGCACUUGAGGUUGAUGACGUGCCUAGUAGUAAGCUUUUCAUCUGUUUGUCAUCUAGGAUAACGCUGCUAACAAAUCUACAGUGGGCGGUCGCUCCUGGUUCCCUAUGGUACAUGGCCAAUCAACUCGAGUUCGCCAUGAUGGUGGCGCUCGUGAGCCGGUUUCACCUCAACCUACGAACCGUCGCCAAUCCCGGCACCGCUGUCACAUUCUCCAACAAUGCGACCGCGACCUCCUCUUUCGGUGUCAAAGGUCAUCAUAGAUUGAGUAUGCCACGAGCUCUCCAACGAAUGAAAGGAGAAGAAAUUAGUUCGUGGCAGGGUGACGCGGAAGAAAUGCAAGUUAGACACAGUACACACCAAAUGGAUGGACCGACACCACCCCCGCAUGUAGACGAAAGGAUAUUGGUUAUCGGCAACAACAAUAAUGGCCAUGACCUGAUCAAAGCUUGGGCAUCAAUCCUGCAUUCAAGUACUGUUAUGAUGAAGGAUAUCCGUUCCAAGGCCGACCCCCUGGGAUUCGACGUCUG